AUGGUGCAGACCAUCAAAGAUAUCAAUGCGCAAGUCACAGAGAACAUAUGUGGCCAAUCCGUCCAGAGUGGAGAAGUGAUUGUUACUUCUGUCAUUGCUGCCGGGGAUUCGGAACUUCCCUCUGGAGAUGAAGAGGAUGAAACUCAGGCAGAACAAACCCCUGUUGAGGCUACUGCUUCUGCCAGAAGGAAUAGAAAAGGAACUGCUCUUCCCCCGAACAAUGCAACGCAGCCUGAUAUUUCUGUUGAAAGUCCCCCUCCUCCUCCUACUAAGUCAAAAAGACUUAGAAAGAGGACUGAAGUGGAGUAUGUGACCACAGAAGAGCCUGCAGCAGUUCCCAUAACCACUUCUGGCAUAGAUGAAGAAAUUAGGGAGACCUUUGAAGCGGUGGAACAAGAGAAAGAGCUAGAAGAGCUAGAGGAGGUAGAAGAAAGACCUCAAGACCAGACAAAAGAAAUAGAAGAAGAGGAGGAGAUUCCUGCUGAGGUAAUAGCAGAGAGCAUUGCCUUGGCGCAGAAGCAGCAAGAGAGCACAAGGGCAGAGUUGACCAGCUCAGAGUUUGCCCUUUUUGAAGAUGCAGAGGCAGAGCACUCCACUGCCGUUUCAGCAGCUGAGGAGCAGGCAGAGCAGUCUGCAUCAAAGCCUAUGGAGCAGGCAGAACUACCUGUUGCAGUCUCAGGAACUGGAGUGGAAGCGAUUGCUACUGGUCCUGUGGUUGUGUUCUUUCAAGUAGAAGUGCCUAGAUUUGCUGGUGCUCUGGCAGUGAUGACCAGUCCCUUGAGGCCUCCAAUUGUUGAUAUGCCUAUCCAUUCCAUUCCUGGUUCAUCUGCCACUGCUUCCUUUGCUGAUCCGAAGCUGGCAGAGUUCGAGGCCAUGGAUCUGGAUGCCCAGCUGGACAAGCUGGAGAAACUCAGUUCUACUCCUAGCAAGGCAAAAUCCAAGGUAGUGGAGGAGGCUAUAGAGAGGCUGAAGACUUGGCAAUCUACUGAGCUAGAGCUGGAUGAGGAUAGGGAAGUCAUUGACCAAUUGAUGAAGGAUCUGGACCUGCUGCACAGACAGAACAUGGCUCCCAAACCCAUACUUGAGAUGAGCCUUGGCCUAGCAAGAGAUUUGCUCAACCUCUACGAUCGUUAUGAGGAUCUCAAGCCCACCUUCAAGACCAUCUGA